AUGGGAGCCAAACCCGAGGAAGCAGAGAAGCCUUGCUCAAGAGGCCAGACCCUGUUUAAGAGGGUCAAGGGCUUACUCACCAAAGCUUCGCCCCCACUCUCACCCCCACCCCCAUCCAUCUUCUGGAGCCCAGGCUGUACACACGUGUAUGGGUAUGUGUUUGGGCAUGUGCAUGAAAACAACCUGGAGCAUCUCCCAUCACAGCAGGUGCUUGACACAGGAGAGCAGCUGAUGGUCCCUGUGGAUGUCCUGGAAGUGGAUAACGAGGGAGCCUUGUGGAAGUUUCUGCUCUCAGGAGCCAUAGCUGGAGCCGUGUCUCGCACUGGCACGGCCCCUCUGGACCGUGCCAAGGUGUACAUGCAGGUCUACUCCUCCAAGACAAACUUCAUGAAUCUGCUGGGGGGACUACGGAGCAUGGUCCAAGAGGGGGGCUUCCGUUCCCUGUGGCGGGGCAAUGGGAUCAACAUACUCAAGAUUGCCCCUGAGUACGCCAUCAAGUUCUCCGUCUUUGAGCAGUGUAAGAAUUACUUCUGUGGAGUGCAUGGGUCCCCACCCUUUCAGGAACGUCUCCUUGCUGGCUCCCUGGCUGUGGCCACCUCCCAGACACUCAUCAACCCCAUGGAGGUCCUGAAGACACGGCUAACCCUGCGCCGGACAGGCCAAUACAAGGGGCUGCUGGACUGUGCCAGGCAGAUUCUGGAGCAGGAGGGGACCCGCGCCCUUUACCGUGGCUACCUGCCCAACAUGCUUGGCAUCAUCCCUUAUGCCUGUACCGACCUGGCCGUCUAUGAGAUACUCAGGUGCUUCUGGCUGAAGUCAGGCAGGGACAUGGCAGACCCUAGUGGCCUGGUCAGUCUGUCAUCAGUGACACUGUCCACAACCUGUGGUCAGAUGGCCAGUUACCCACUAACUUUGGUGCGCACAAGAAUGCAGGCUCAAGACACUGUUGAGGGUUCAAACCCCACCAUGUGCGGAGUAUUCCGGCGGAUUCUGGACCAGCAGGGCUGGCCUGGCCUAUACCGAGGUAUGACCCCCACCUUACUGAAGGUGCUGCCGGCAGGUGGCAUCAGCUACAUCGUGUAUGAAGCCAUGAAGAAGACUCUGGGUGUAUAG